AUGACGGUCUUCGACUACCUAUGGCGGAAGAUAUCACAAACUAAAGCCAUAGAAAAAUCAAGUGGAGAAUUGGAAACAGCUUUCUUUGAAUCUGUUUACAGAGUAACAUACCUUGUAGGGUUUUCAACAUCUGACGAUGACUGGCCCUACCUGAUAUAUAGUUCAAUAGUUAAGAUAUCAGUAUGCUUGGUGGUGUUAUCUGAAUUCUGGUACAUGUUUACAUUGACAACAACUUUGGAUGAAUUAGCAGGAUCCAUCAAUAUAACAGUCAUACAUUGUAUGACAUGCUAUAGAUUCGUGAAUAUGGCUGUUUAUAAAGAUGUAUACAAGAAACUUGCACAGGCCAUGGAGUCACCGUACUUCGAUAUUUCUACCUUUAAAAGAAAGAAAAUAACAAAGUUUUGGGCACAACAGAAUGAAAAAUAUCUAAAAACACUCCUCAUUAUAGGAAACAGUACACUUGCAGCUUGGUUCAUAAAUCCGUUAAUAGAUGGAGUGGAGCAUAAUGUAAUAGGAAGUAUUUACGUUCCGUUCUCAUAUGAUACUACGUACCGCUACACCAUAGCUUACCUCAUGGUUAUAGUGCCAUUCACAUACGCUUCAUAUUACGUCAUGUUGAAUGAUCUGAUCAUGCAAGCUCACCUCAUCCACCUGGUCUGCCAGUUCAAUGUACUUGUGGACUGUUUUAAAAAUAUUAUUUAUGAUUGUCAAGGAUCCGACGUCUUUGAGUAUAACAACAACCUCUUAAUUACCGAUAAAUUCAAGGAAACGUAUGUAAAGAGACUAAGGGAUUUGGUUGAGCAGCAUCGAAGCUUACUGAGCUUGGCUAUGAAACUUCGACAUACACUAAGCGGUCCUAUGUUAGCGCAGUUGGUCGCAAGUGGGAUACUUAUUUGUUUCGUCGGUUAUCAGGCAACUACGAUAGCUUCAGCCAGUUUAAUCCAGGGUCUCACCAGUAUUUUGUACUUGGGAUACAAUCUCUUCGCAUUCUACAUUAUUUGUCGUUGGUCUGAAGAAAUCACUACACAGAGUCAAAAUAUUGGUGAGGCAGUAUAUUGUUCCGGGUGGGAGCAAGGCGCUUCCAUAAUUCCUACAGUCCGUUCAAGUCUACUUCUGAUAAUUGGGCGUGCGAAUAUACCUUUAAUAUUUUCUGCUGGAGGGAUGUACAAUCUGUCACUUCAAUCAUACACUUCUUUGGUAAAGACUUCGUACAGCGCACUGACAGUUCUGCUGAGAUUUCGUCAAAAUUAGCCAUUGUGUCAGUUUAAAUGAGUUUACAAAGAAAU